CUCGGUUUCUCGCGUGCAAAGGAUGGAGUCAUCGUACACUGUGGCCAUUUAGUAUUAAUCGAAACGAAGAGCUCAGAGCUUACUACCGUAAUACAAUGAGGCGUUACGCCGCUGAAGAUAUCAUCUUCCUGGACGAAUCUAUCUUUAAUGAGAAGACUGGAUGGAGGCACAUGGCCUACGGCCCUGUAGGUACGACGACUCGCUAUACACAAGAUAUCUCCCGUGGGAGUACGUGGGCGAUCCUCCCUGCCUAUACAAUUACUGGUUAUCUCCCUGGGUGUACGGCCAUUAAAGAGGGUUAUUUCAACCAUGAAGACUUCAUUGCAUACCUGGAAGAAACUCUGCUGCCAUCUCUCCGAGUUAUAUAUGGGCCAAAGGCACUGGUUAUUGUGCUUGACAACGUGUCAAUCCACACCAACGACGAGGUGCGCAACCAGACUACAACCCAAUCGAGCUCACUUUUGGAGUGCUGAAGGCAUGGAUUAAGCGGAAUUACCUGUAUGUACGGCAGCGUUACGGUGGUGACUUUAGGGCUUUUCUGCGAGCUGCGGUGAGUGAGAGUAAGUGCGACAGAUUUGCAAGGAAGCACUUUCAGCACGCUGCAGGUGGCUUGUAUAUUGAGCAGGAUGUACUAGAUCGUGCGAGAAGAGAGCUAAGGGAGCUUGAGAGGAUGGGGGAGUUCGAAUUCGAGGUAGAUGAGUAAGGGUAUUGUCAGAUUUGAUGGUAUCUGAAGAUGUCACGGUGACAGAAAGAUUGAUUGAAGAUGGGUUGACUGAUUGUAUUCAGG